GGGAUUCCCAUUUCCGGGGGGUUCCAGCAGGGGGAGGUUCGGCUGCGCUGCGUGAGGGCCCUGCAGGGAAUUUAUGGAAUCCCAGAGAUGGCCCCGGGCCUGGAGCUCUUCACUGAGAGGUUCAAGCCCCGUUUGUUGGCCAUGGCUCACGACAAGGAGCCCCAGGUGGCCCCUGGAGGUGCUGAGGCUGCUCACCGAGAUGGACAGGAACAUGGAGGAGGCGCUGAGCCCCGAGGAUUGCCAGAGCAUCUUCCCCCUGGUUUUCAUCUCCAGCCGCAGCCUGGCCUCGGCCGCCGGGGAGUUCCUCUUCCAGAGGCUGCUGGACCCCGCCCGGCACGGCGACGGCGACCCCGGGAGCUUCCAGCGGAGCCUCCUGCGCUUCUUCCUGCGCAGCGCGCUGCACGAGCACGCCGCCUACCUGGUGGAUUCCCUGUGGGACUGCGCCGGGAGCCACCUGCGGGACUGGGACACGGCCACCGGGCUGCUGCUGGGAACUGGGACCAGCCUGCAGCUGCACGAGGAGAAGGCUCUGGUGGAGAUCCUGAGCUCCAGCGCGCUCCGGCUGUGCCAGGGACACCCCCCCGUGGGCCGCAGCCAGGCCCGGAAGGAGUCACAGCGGGAGCUGCGGGAGCAGCGCGAGGAGCGGGCGCGGCUCAGCCGGAGCCUGAUCCCGGUGCUGCCCCAGCUCCUGCAGAAGUUCUCAGCCGAGCCCGAGGCCGUGGGAGCUCUGCUGGAGCUGCUGCAGCACCUGGAGCUGGGCUUGUUCCGCACCGCCCGCCUGGAGAGGUGCCUGGAGCAGGUUUUGGGGCGGAUCCAGGAGGUUUUUGGGAAGCACUCCGAGCCCUCCCCGGCGCUCCCAGUCCCUCCCAGUCCCUCCCAGUCCCUCCCAGUGUGUCCCAGUGCCCCUCAAUCCCCUCCCAGUCCCUCCCAGUCCAUUCCCAGUCCCUCCCAGUUCAUUCCCAGUCUGUCCCAGUGCCUGGAGCAGGUUUUGGGGCGGAUCCAGGAGGUUUUUGGGAAGCACUCCGAGCCCUCCCCGGCGCUCUCGGCCGCCUCGCGGGCGCUGCGGGCGCUCUGUGACCCCGAGCUGUCCCUGCACGGCCUCGGGGACAUCGCCAGGAGCCGCCUGGGGGACAGCCUGGGGGACAGGUGCCACCUGCAGGUCACCGAGCUGCUCCAGGCCGAGUCCCCAGACGAGGAGGACGUUUAUGGGCUGGCGGCCACCCUGAGGAGACUCUCGGCCCUGUUCAAUGACCACGACCUGACCCCCUGGGGUCUCUUCGGGCCCCUCUCGCAGCUCCUGCGCCGCGCCCUCGACACCGGGGAGCUGCCAGAGCAGGUGACCAUCCCGGCCAUCUCCUGCCUCUUCUUCCACCUGUUCUGGGAGCUCUCCCGAGUGCCCGACGCCGGGGCCUCCCCGGGCUCCCUGCGGGAUCUGCGCUCCAGGGCCGCCCUGCUGCUCUCGCUGUGCCAGAGCUGCCUCACCGAGCCCCAGCCCGGCCUCAGGGAGAAGGCCUUCCUGGUGCUCUCGGAGCUGCUGCUGCUGCUGGGCCCGGAGCUGCCGGAGCCGCGGCUGCGCCUGAGCCCGGAGCCGGAGCUGCCGGCCCUGCUGGGGCUGGCCCUGCUCGACCUCGUCUUCCAGAACCUUCCGGAGCCCCACCCCGACGACCACGAGGCGGUGCAGGCCCGGCUGGAGGCGCUGCAGGCCCGGCGCUCGCUGCUGGGGGGGUGCUGGGACCCCAAAUCCCCGGAAUUCCCCCCAAAUUGAACUCCCACCAUCCCAGAGCUCCCAGAACAUUCCAGAACAUUCCAGAAUUCCCUCGCAGAGGCGGUGCAGGCCCGGCUGGAGGCGCUGCAGGGCCGGCGCUCGCUGCUGGGGGGGUGCUGGGACCCCCAAACCCCCGGAAUUCCCCCCAAAUUGAACUCCCAGCAUCCCAGAGCUCCCAGAACAUUCCGGAAUUCCCUCACAGAGGCGGUGCAGGCCCGGCUGGAGGCGCUGCAGGGCCGGCGCUCGCUGCUGGGGGGGUGCUGGGACCCCAAACCCCCGGAAUUCCCCCCAAAUUGAACUCCCACCAUCCCAGAGCUCCCAGAACAUUCCAGAACAUUCUGGAAUCCCGUUGCAGAGGCGGUGCAGGCCCGGCUGGAGGCGCUGCAGGCCCGGCGCUCGCUGCUGGGGGGGUCCUGGGACCCCAAAUCCCUGGAAUUCCCCCCAAUCCCAACUCCCACCAUCCCAGAACAUUCCAGAACAUUCCGGAAUUCCCUCACAGAGGCGGUGCAGGCCCGGCUGGAGGCGCUGCAGGCCCGGCGCUCGCUGCUGGGGGGGUGCUGGGGCCCCAAACCCCCGGAAUUCCCCCCAAAUUGAACUCCCACCAUCCCAGAGCUCCCAGAACAUUCCGGAAUUCCCUCACAGAGGCGGUGCAGGCCCGGCUGGAGGCGCUGCAGGCCCGGCGCUCGCUGCUGGGGGGGUGCUGGGACCCCCAAAUCCCCGGAAUUCCCCCCAAUCCCAACUCCCACCAUCCCAGAACUCCCAGAACAUUCCGGAAUCCCGUUGCAGAGGCGGUGCAGGCCCGGCUGGAGGCGCUGCAGGGCCGGCGCUCGCUGCUGGGGGGGUGCUGGGACCCCAAACCCCCGGAAUUCCCCCCAAUCCCAGCUCCCACCAUCCCAGCACUCCCAGAACUCCCAGAACAUUCCAG